AUGCCAAAACUAAGUGGUGAUGUUAAUUUAAAGUUUGUUGAAUUAUAUCACGAAGAAGAAUGUCUAUGGAAUGCCAGUAUUCCAUCUUAUAAAAAUAAAUCUAUGCGUGAUUCAUCACUACAAAAAAUAUGUGCAGAGUUGAAUACAAUCGGCAUACAAAUGACUGUUAAUGAAGUAAAAAAUAAAAUUAAAAAUUUAAGAGCAACAUACUGUCAAAUGUUGUCAAAAAUUGAAAAAUCAACCAGGUCCGGUGCAGGUGCUAAUGAGGAGUAUAAACCUAAAUUGAGUUGGUUCGAGGACAGUCAAGAGUUAGAAACAAUUGAUGAAAUUUUAGAUAACAGUGAAGCCAAUAUUAAUAGUGAAGAUAAUAUUGAAAAUAAUAAGGGCAAUGGCAAUAUUGAAGACAAUAUUGAUAAAAGCGAAAGUAUUUCAAAUUUAAAAAAUUUGAAUGCACAACCAUCUACAUUUUCAUCUUCUUAUAAGAGGCCCUCUAUACCUACAUCUGUACCAACUCCAAAAAGAAAAAAAAUUGCACAAGUGACGUCACUAGUAAAUGAAAUAAGGUCAAUUAAGGACGAUUUAAAAAAUAUACCAGAAUACGAAAAUAAUAUGCCAGACGAAAAUGAACAUGACAUUUUUGGAAAAUUCGUAGCAAGUCAACUCAAACACUUAUCUCCUACACAGUGUAUUAUGGCUCGUGAUCAAAUCAAUGUUGUAUUAUCUCGUUGUCGAUUGCAAGAUUUAAACUAUGGGAACACAACUUUUUCAUUUCAGACACCUUUUUACAACUCUUCAGACUCCAACAUGACAUCAAACAGUGUACCAACAUCACAAACAGAGGAAAAUCAAAUAAAUGAUAUAAACUACGAUGACUCCUAUAAUGAUAAUCCUAUAAUGAGAGCAUUUAAAGAUGCAUAA